CUUGGGGUGGUGAUGAGAUCAUUUAGACAGGCUCAAAAUGUCCCUUUCCAGUCAACUCUCCUACAGUCUUGAUUUCCCAGGCCUUUGUUUAAGAGAUGAGACAGGCACCAAAGUCCAGAAGGGCGUCGUCCUGCUUGUCUAUAUAUCAUACAUCAUGUUUGGGGCAUUUAUAUUUGGAGCCUUGGAGAGAGACUUUGAGGUACAGCAGCGGCAUUUGGCAGUUAAGGCAAAGGCUGAUUUUCUAAAAAAUCGUUCCAAUAUGACUAAGGAAGAUGUCAGAAGAUUUGUGCAGAUGAUGACGUCUUUAAUAUUGUCAGGAAUACCUCCCACAGGAAAUAAGACUACUGUUGUCUUUUGGACUUUUACAAACUCUUUUAUAACUUGUAUAAUCACCCUAUCCACAAUAGGUUAUGGAACAAUUUUUCCUAAAACUUCUGGUGGACAGAUGUUCUGUGUUGUCUUUGCUACAAUUGGAAUCCCUCUAACUAUCAUGUUAUUUAAAUAUAUUUUUAUAUUAGUUUAUCUGCCAUCUGAAAAAUUUGGACUAUACCUUCAACAUAAGGGAUUAAAUGAGAAAAAUGUUUAUCUCUGGAAGAGCUUAUUUUUUGCUGCAACUGGAUCACUUUUUUUCCUUGUAUUACCACCAUUUCUUUUCACGUCAUUAGAGAAUUGGAGUUAUGUUGAAGGAAUUUAUUAUUCAUUCAACACCAUAAGUACUAUUGGUUUUGGAGACUAUACAGUAGUUUCAAAUCCUACAAAAGACAAUCAGGACAUCACUUAUUCAAUCUUGUUGUUAAUUUGGAAUCUUUAUGGUCUUGCCUGGAUUGCUCUUCUAUUUAAUUUGAUAGCCAGCUUUUUUAAAGAAAUGGGAUCAAGGUUAAAUAAAGACACAUCUGAAACAGAAGUUCAAGAGAAAAAGGAGUCAUCAAGCUCUGGAUAGCAAUUCUCUUGGUAUACUGCUUUCCUCCAACUGAACUGCAGAGAAUUUCCACAGAGCCCUUUCAAAAGUAUCAGAAUAGGAAGGAGGAAAAGAAAACAGUCAGGUGUUUCUGCACAAAUUUCUUGUGUGAGUUCCAUUUCUACACUGAAAUUUAUUGAUUUUAAUUUUGUAUUGUCAUUAAAAAAUGAUUUUAAAAUAUAA